CUUUGCAGUUGCAGUUGCUUCUCUAGCCGUGCGAAAUACGUGUGGAUACAUCUCAGACUCUUCGACGUGAAAUUCAUCUUUAAUGACAUGUGGCUGGUGCUUUGCGUCUGGGUGGCAGUGGCCAUUCUAGCCAGCGGCUCCAGCGCCGUCGUGGCGAAGCCCUGUAGACCCGCCUACUGGAACACGCGCAACGGUGUCGUUCACACUGCUUGCCAGCCACGCAAUCGCAACUGCACCAUACUCUUACGGGGUCUGUCGAACCGCGAGAAGAAGGACUUUCUGCGGCGCCACAACAAACUACGCAGCCUUAUAGCCAUGGGCCGGCUCAAGGGCUUCAAGCCGGCGGCGAACAUGUACGAACUGGUGUGGGACGACGAAUUGGCCGAAGUGGCGCAGGCCUUGGCCGAUCAGUGUGGCGACAUGAUGCAUGAUAAUGCGAAUGGCAGGUUCACACGUCGGUUCAGGGUCACCGGCCAAAACUUAGCAUCGGAGCGGCGCUCGAAUGAUGUUCGGAAGAUGGACGGCCUCCGUUUUGUGGACACCUGGUUUAAGGAGCACCGCGAUUACCCGCCACACCAAGUGAAGCAUUUCAUGCCGAGUUUCGGCCCACGGCCUACCGGUCAUUUUACUCAGAUGAUAUGGGCUGAUACGCAGUACCUUGGCUGUGGCUUCACCAUGUUUCGCAUGAAAGGCGACAUCGGUGUUAUGCCAUACCAAAAGCAUUACGUCUGCAACUACGCCGAUAGCGGCAACAUCAAAGGCAGGCCCGUGUACACGGAGGGCCCCACGUGCAGCCUCUGCCCGGUGGGAUCGCGCUGCGUCAAACGGACCGGCCUGUGCAGGGCGCGUAAGAGGAGCCGGCGCGUCCGCGGCCGACAGAGAAGUCAGGCAGGCAGCCGCCCACGAAACAGCGGGCUGGCCGCUCGGCGCAUGUGGCAGCAGCACACUGACAAGUGUGCUGCGAAAGGCGGCCGUAAGUGCUGAGCCCGGCGAGUCACCUUGCGGCAACCAGGUUUUGAGACAGAAAUAAAAAAGAAGAGAAAAAGAAAGAGGCAGGUGAUGUGACCGUGUUGCAGAUGUUUUUGUUGACACUGACUGUGGCUGAUGACGCAUAUUGCAGAACA